GUGGGCGUCACAAUGAUAAAGUCAGACGUAAUCACCUUUACUCUGCUGUUCAUGCAACUGUCAUGUGGAUUUGGGGGGAAAAUACUGGUGUUCCCUUUAGAUGGGAGCCACUGGAUAAACAUGAAAGGAAUCAUUGAAGUACUUCAUGCCAAAGGCCACGAGAUCACGGUGAUUCGGCCGUCCGGUAGCUGGUACAUUGCAGAAAAGUCUCCUCACUACAUGUCUGUCAACCUUCCUGGUCAGGAAGGAUUUAAGGAGCAGUUUGAACAAUUUGUGUCUCUACAACUGGAAACAAUGCUUCAACAGAGGUCUCUAACUCUUUUGCCUCGUAUUUGGAGUAAGUUUCAGAACGAAUUUGUAACUUUGAGACAGUUUUCCCUAUUCCACGAGGCUCAUUGUAAGACAGUAGUUCAGAUGUUUGAGGAUGAAACUCAGAUGCAGUCCUUUCGUAAUGCUAAAUAUGACGUCGUCUUGACUGACCUUGGUGUAGGUGGAGGAGCCAUGCUUGCAAAGCUUCUCAAAGUUCCCCUCAUUUACAAUGUUAGAUGGACGUUGCUAGGUGAAUCUCACGACAUCAUUGCCCCCUCCCCUCUUGCCUACACUCCUUUCCUUGCUGCACAAUUAACUGAUAAGAUGACCUUCUCUCAAAGAGUCUUUAAUGUCCUAUAUUACACCUUUGGUUAUUUGACAACGAAGUUCAUAUCAGAACCUCACUAUAAGCCGAUAGUGAAGCAUUAUUUUGGUUCUGAUGUGGAUUACACAACAUUGUUUUUGGAUGCUGAUAUAUGGUUGAUGAGAAACAAUUUUGUCUUUGAAUUCCCUCGACCCACGUUGCCAAAUAUCGUCUACAUGGGUGGAUUUCAGUGCAAGCCUCCAAAGCACCUCCCUGCUGACCUAGAGGAGUUCGUCCAGAAUUCUGGAGAUCACGGUGUUGUUAUAAUGACUUUAGGAACUCUAGUUGGGACACUUCCUGAAGAUAUGACUGAAGAAAUAGCCGCAGCCUUUGCCCAACUACCUCAGAAGGUUAUAUGGAGGUAUUUAGGACCAAAACCUGCCAACCUGGGAAACAACACAUUACUGGUUAAGUGGCUACCACAGAACGACCUCUUGGCUCAUCCUAAAACAAGAGUAUUUGUCACUCAUGGAGGCAUUAACGGGGUCCAAGAAGCCAUUUAUCACGGAGUUCCAAUCGUAGGACUUCCGUUGUUUUUUGAUCAGCAUGAUAAUCUCAACAGAAUUCGAGCAAAGGGAGGAGCAGAAAAUGUGGAUAUUGUCAUGCUCGACAGGCACAUUUUUGUUGAUGCACUUCUCAAUGUUCUUCACAACUCAUCAUACAGGGAAAACAUGCAAAGGCUCUCGAGGCUGCAAAGGGAUCAGCCAAUGAAACCAAUGGACCAGGCAGUCUUUUGGAUCGAAUAUGUUAUACGACAUAAAGGAGCCGGUCAUCUGAAGGCAGAGUCCAACAAAAUGUCCUCAAUAGUUUAUCAUUCGGUUGAUGUCAUUGUAACUUUGCUAACAAUAUUUUUGCUUCUAAUUUUCACCUGCUUUUUCAUUUUUAGGUUUUUGUGUAGGAUAUGUUUAAAUAUGAAAAAAACAAAAGACGAAUAA